AUGGCGAGCACGGCACGAGCCCUCAACUGGGUGUACCGCAUGGCCGUACCCGCCUCGGCCGGCGCGUUCCUCGUCAGCCAGUCCCUCUUCGACGUCAAGGGCGGCACCAGAGCAGUCAUCUUCGACCGGUUAUCCGGUGUCAAGGAGGACGUCAUCAACGAGGGCACGCACUUCCUGAUCCCCUGGCUGCAGCGCAGCAUCAUCUUCGACGUGCGCACCAAGCCGCGCAACAUCGCCACCACGACGGGCAGCAAGGAUCUGCAGAUGGUCAGCCUGACGCUGCGAGUCCUGCACCGGCCAAACGUCAAGGCUCUGCCCAAGAUCUACCAGAACCUCGGUGUCGACUACGAUGAGCGAGUCCUGCCGUCCAUCGGCAACGAAGUCCUCAAGGCCAUCGUCGCGCAGUUUGACGCCGCCGAGCUCAUCACCCAGCGAGAGACCGUCUCCCAGCGCAUCCGAAGCGAGCUCACCCGCCGCGCCGCCGAGUUCAACAUCGCUCUCGAGGACGUGUCCAUCACGCACAUGACCUUUGGCCGCGAGUUCACAAAGGCCGUCGAGCAGAAGCAGAUUGCCCAGCAGGACGCUGAGCGGGCCCGCUUCAUCGUCGAGCGCGCCGAGCAGGAGCGCCAGGCCAACGUCAUCCGCGCCGAGGGUGAGGCCGAGAGCGCAGAUGCCAUCUCCAAGGCCAUCGCCAAGGCUGGCGACGGCCUGAUUCAGGUGCGAAAAAUCGAGGCCAGCAGGGAGAUUGCCGCCACGUUGUCGUCCAACCCCAACGUGGCAUAUCUGCCCAGCGGAGGGAAGAACGGCUCGGGAGGUCAGUACCUGUUGUCGGUGGGCAGGGCAUGA